GGCCCCUCCCUCUCCGUCCUUCCGCCUCGCCUCCUCUUUCAGCUUGUCUUGGGAGGCCUCUGGGGCGGAACCUGCAUCUUCUGAGCUCCUCAGGAAGGACGAAAGCGCCUGAACCUGCAAACCUAGCAAGGAUGGAAGGAGGAAGAUGGACAGUUGACCUUAUCAGACUGCCUCCUGCAUCCCUCCCCAAAACCUCUGGGCAUUUUCUCCCAGGACCCUCAGAGACAUCUGAUAUCUUAUCUAAAGUGCUGUCACGUGAAGAUGGAGCAAGCUUGUUAUCUUCAUCUCUGGAGGGUGAUGGAAACAAUAGUCAGAAUUCACCUGGAAUUUCAUUGAAGAAACCAUUUAAAUGCAUGGUCUGCGGAAAGUGCUUCAUCCAGAAGACAAAGUUUACUUUACACCAGCGAACUCACACAGGGGAGAAACCAUAUGAAUGUAUGGAGUGUGGAAAGUCGUUCAGCCGGAAGGAACACCUUACUACACACCAGCGAACUCACACAGGGGAGAAGCCAUUUCAGUGUAUAGAGUGCGGAAAGACAUUUGCUGAUUCUGCAAGCCAUGCAAGACAUCAACGGAUUCACACAGGAGAAAAGCCAUUUAAAUGUAUGGAGUGCGGAAAGUGCUUCAGUCUAAGUGGAAACUGUACAAAGCAUCAACUCACUCACACAGGGGAGAAACCUUUUAAAUGUUUGGAGUGCGGAAAGUGCUUCACUGAUCAUACAUCCCUUAGUUCACAUCAAAGAAUUCACACAGGGGAGAAGCCAUUCAAAUGCAUGGAGUGCGGGAAAUGUUUCAGGUGGAAUUAUUACCUUACUACACACCAGCGAACUCACACAGUGGAGAAACCAUAUGAAUGUAUGGAGUGUGGAAAGUGUUUCAAGUGGAAGCAAUGCCUUACUACACACCAGCAAACUCACACAGUGGAGAAACCAUAUGAAUGUAUGGAGUGUGGAAAGAGUUUCAGGUGGAAGCAUUCCCUUACUACACACCAGCGAACUCACACAGUGGAGAAACCAUAUGAAUGUAUGGAGUGUGGAAAGAGUUUCAGGUGGAAGUAUUACCUUACUACACACCAGCAAACUCACACAGUGGAGAAACCAUAUGAAUGUAUGGAGUGUGGAAAGAGUUUCAAGUGGAAGCAAUACCUUACUACACACCAGCAAACUCACACAGGGGAGAAACCAUAUGAAUGUAUGGAGUGUGGAAAGUGUUUCAGGCGGAAGCAUUCCCUUACUACACACCAGCAAACUCACACAGGGGAGAAACCAUUUAAAUGUAUGGAGUGUGGGAAGACUUCUGUAGAUAGCGGAUCCCAUAUAAACCAUCUACGAAUUCACACAGGAGAAAAACCAUUUAAAUGUAUGGAGUGUGGAAAGACUUUUGUAGAUAGAGGAUCCCAUAUAAAACAUCUACGAAUUCACACAGGAGAAAAACCAUUUAAAUGUAACGAGUGUGGAAGCUGCUUCAAUCAAAGUGGAAACCUUAAAAAGCAUCUACGAAUUCACACAGGGGAGAAACCCUUUAAAUGCACAGAGUGCGGAAAGUGCUUCAGUAUGAGGCAAAAUCUUAAUAUUCAUCAACGGUCUCACACAGGGGAGAAACCAUUUGAAUGUAAGGAGUGUGGGAAGACUUCCGCUGAUCAUUCAACCCAUGCAAAACAUCUACGAAUUCAUACAGGAGUGAAACCAUUUAAAUGUAUGGAGUGUGGGAAGAGCUUCACACGGAAGACAACCCUUACUUUACACCAGAGAACUCACACGGGAGAAAAACUUUAUGAAUGCACAGAGUGUGGCAAAUGUUUUUCUCAAAAAGCUUACCUUGUGACCCACCAGAGAGUCCACACUGGGGAGAAACCUUACAAGUGCAUAGAGUGUGGCAAAAAAAAAUCUCAACCGUCUAACCUUGUGAUCCACCGGAGAUCCCACACUGGGGAGAAACCUUACAAGUGCAUAGAGUGUGGCGAAUGUUUUUCUGAUAAAGGUCACCUUGUGAUCCACCAGAGAUCCCACACUGGAGAGAGACCUUACAAGUGCCUAGAGUGUGGCAAAUGUUUUUCUCAAAAAAUUCACCUCUUGCCUCACCACCGGAGAGUCCACACUGGAGAAAAACCUUACAAGUGUACGGACUGUGGGAAGGGCUUUGCUCACAAUUCUGAUUUGAUGAUCCACCAGAGAGUCCACACUGGAGAGAAACCAUACAAAUGCAUGGAGUGUGGGAAAAGUUUUGCUUUCCACUCAAACGCUUUGGUACACAAUAGAAUCCACACCGGAGAGAAACCCUAUAAAUGCACAGACUGUGGGAAAUGUUUUCAACGCGACUCACACCUUGUGAAACAUCGGAUAAUCCAUACAGAGGAGAGAAAUCAUAAGUGCCCUGAGUGUGGGAAAUGUUUUCCUGACAAGUCUACCUUGGUCGUCCACCAGAGAGCCCACACGGGGGAGAAGCCAUAUAAAUGCACUGUGUGUGGGAAAUGUUUUACUUACAGUGCGAGUUAUAGAAAGCACCAGAUAAUUCACACUGGAGAGAAAUGUGAGAACACCGUCUCUUGAGAAUGGGGCAUAUACUAUCUGGCAUAAGGUCCAGUGUUCUCCCCCACCACCCAUAACAGUAAAUUUUAGAAAGUACCAGGGAUUAAGGUGGGGGUUAAUUUUCUCACUGAUAACACCAUUUUUAACAAAGGGAUACAGGGUGGAUCCAGGAAAUUACCGGUGGGUUCCCAGAGAGUCUGUCCAUGGAAAACUGCUGGUAAGUUUUAAAAGUAAAACAACUUUGCAUACAGUAAGAGAGCUCAAGAGACUCUUUUGAGGCUCACGUUUUAUUUCUUGAUGAGCAUGGGCCACACAAACUUUUCUUUUUAAGGCAUUACAAACACACAUUGCAGGGUGGGGGUACCUUGAAAGAAGUUACUGCUAUUCCCACCUUGUAUGGAGGUGCAACAGAAGGGCUGAUACAACCCUGUCGCCUGUUCACAUUGCAGGUCAGAGCUGGGGCUGAUGGAGCCAUCCUUGCAUGGUUACUCAUAUGUAGAUCCCAUGGAGUUUAAUGGAGCUGUCCCCCUGAGAGCUGUAGAAACGAUGGAGAAAAUAAUAAUUUCAUAAAACUAUCGUUUAGUUGAUUCCAUUUUCUUUUGAAUCA